AUGUCAGCUGAAACAGAUAAAUUACGAAAUAAUCUUCAUGCUCAACUUGAACGAUUACUUGAUCAAUUAACUGAUUUAGAUCAAAAUAAAGAUGAUAUGGAUGAAAAUGAAUAUAAAGAAGCAAGACAAGAUACAGUUGAUCAAUUAGAAGAAUUUAGUAAGUCAUUAGAAAAAAUGAAAAGUGGUGAAGGUGGUUUAUCAUUACUUGAUGAUGUACAACGAAUUCAAAAUGCUAUUAAAUGUGCUAUAAGUCAAGCAUUUCAUACACCUGAAGUUAUCCGAUUUUUUGCUAAAAAACAACCAGUUCAAUUACGAAAUCAUCUAGCUGAAAUUGAACGAGAUACAAAAAUUGGUAAAAUAAAUGGUGUUGAAGGUGCUCGACAAAAAAAAGAAAUUCUUGAUGCACUUAGAAAACUUGGAGAACCAUUGACAAUUGAUGAAGAAAUGUAUUUAAAACAAUAUUCCGAAGGUGGUAAUACACAUUUUGCUAAAAUGAAUGAUACAUCAGAUGUUAAUGUUAAUGCUUUAUCGGCAGUUGCAGCAAAACAAAUUGAAAAUGCUCGAGCUCCUCGAUAA